AUGCUGCUAGAUCGGCUCGUCUCCGUCCUCUCUCUAGUCGCUAUCGCGCAAGCCGCGGCGGUCGGGCAGCUUCCGCUCAUCGCGAGGGAGACCAUCGAAGAAGCUGCUGUACACGCAAAGCAGCUCGUACAUAGCUCUGUCACAGGCACGCUCGCCUCGGUCUUCCCUGCCAACUCGACACUAGCUGGGAGACCACAUACGAUCCUCGAAUAUCAUGCCCCAUGUCACCAUUCGCCUAGCCUGACCUUCCUCCUCUUCCCGAUCUCUCUGUCUACCAAGAACAUCUUUGGCGCCGAAGGGCACUAUGCGGGAUAUACAGUCUCCGACCCGAUCGACGGUGUCCGAUCACCGAUGUCUCGCGGUCGAGUCGCAUUCACAGGCAACAUGACCCUCCUUCCCGACCUAUCAGCCAAAGAACGCGCCCGCCUCUCAGUAUGCUACAAGUCCUAUCAUCCCGACGUAUUCUGGUUCCCGCCCGCCUCGCCCGGCGAGUCGCACCAUCCCUUCGACUCGGUAUGGGCCCGGUUCGACCCGGAGGAUAUCUAUUAUGUGGGAGGGUUUGGGGAUACGCAUUAUAUUGGACAUAUACCGGUGGAGAUGUAUGCGGAGGCGGGGGAGAAGUAG